GAAGCGCCCGCAAAACGCAAAACGCACGAAGAAACGCUCGCCAGGGAGGCAACGCAGCCGCUCACCGUUUACCGUUAGUCAGCUGUUCCGUUCCGCCGCGAAACCGAAAAUCUCGAGAAUUUUUGCGUUGUUCAAAUUUUUUUGCAAGUGAGAGUCUUGAACAACAAGAGGAAGCAUUCAAAUAUAUCUAUGCAUCUGAGGAGAUCACAUAACAAAACCAAGAAAUCGCAGAAAAGCUGAAAGUGCACAGUGCCCAAAAGGAAGAAAAGAAAAUACACAACUAAAUACUGGAGUACAAGGAGCAAAAAGGAGAAAUUUACUCGAAGAGGAGCGGAAUUCGCGCUUUGUUUUUGUUUUGCCAAACUUGCCGCCGGCUCACACGUGCUACUCCCCUCUCGCUCGCACCUGCCCCCCAGUCUCUUUAUGUGCGUUUACCGUUAAGUGUGUAGGUGGGGUUCAACCCGCUCCUCUCUGUCUCUCUCUCCCGCUCCCACGCACACCCCCUACUCACACACACACACUCGCGCCUCGCUUACACACGCACACACACGCACGCGGGACUUAACCCACUGACGCCCCCAGAAGGCAAACGCUACCAACUCUUAGCCCCCGAAAAAAACUCCAUCCCCCGGCACCAAGAUAUUCGACAACAAAAUUCUCACCGAGGCCUCAAAAGCGCCCCUGAGGGCCGUCGCACUGGCGUCAUUUCUGGGCGACGGGUUCGCCGCCCUCGGUAGCCGCGCCCCCCCGCCCAAGGACCAUCUGAUGGCGUUCGGGGCGGUCCUACACACCAGCCAGCACAAUAUCGGUCGCAGUGAACCGCCCGUGGGCGUUGGCGAUCCCUGCGCCGGAUGCAACAAACCCAUCCUGGACAAGUUCCUGCUGAAUGUCCUGGAACGCGCCUGGCACGCCUCCUGCGUCCGCUGCUGUGAAUGCCUCCAACCGCUUACCGACAAAUGCUUCAGCCGCGAGUCGAAGCUCUACUGUCGCAACGAUUUCUUCAGACGUUACGGCACCAAGUGCAGUGGGUGUGGCCAGGGUAUCGCGCCGUCGGAUCUGGUGCGGAAGCCCAGGGACAAGGUCUUCCACCUGAACUGCUUCACCUGCUGCAUCUGCCGCAAGCAACUGAGCACAGGGGAGCAGCUCUACGUGCUGGACGACAAUAAGUUCAUCUGCAAGGACGACUAUCUGCUGGGCAAGGCGCCAUCCUGCGGGCACAAUUCGCUGAGCGAUUCAUUAAUGGGCUCGGCGAGCGAAGACGACGACGACGAUGAUCCGCCGCAUUUGCGGGCCACGGCACUCGGACUGGGCGUACUGGGGCCCAACGGACCCGACUCAGCGGGCGGACCCCUGGGCACGUCGGAUAUAUCAGUACAAAGCAUGAGCACCGAUAGCAAAAAUACCCAUGACGACUCCGACCAGGGCUCCUUGGACGGGGAUCCGGAUGGACGUGGCGAUUCCCAGGCGGAGAACAAAAGUCCCGACGAUGCCAACGGAUCGAAGCGACGCGGACCGCGCACCACCAUCAAGGCCAAACAGCUGGAGGUGCUGAAGACGGCCUUCAAUCAGACGCCGAAGCCGACACGCCACAUCAGGGAGCAACUGGCCAAGGAGACCGGGCUGCCCAUGCGCGUCAUACAGGUGUGGUUCCAGAACAAGCGGUCGAAGGAGCGGCGCAUGAAGCAGAUCACCAGCAUGGGCCGCCCGCCCUUCUUCGGCGGAGCCCGCAAAAUGCGCGGCUUCCCCAUGAACCUCUCGCCCGGCGGCCUGGACGACGGACCCGGCUUCCCCUACUUCGCGGCGGACGCCAAGUUCGAGUUCGGCUACGGCGGACCCUUCCACCCGCACGACGGACCCUACUUUCCCGGCCACCCCGGCGGACCGAUGCCCUUCAAUGCGCCAGGCGGCCCCAUGGACCACAGCGGCCCCAUUCCGAUGGUGAACGAGUUCGGCCUGACGCCGGAGGCGACGUUCCUGGGGCAGGCGGGCGGGCCGCCGAUGCAGCUGCAGUCGGCCGUGGGCCCGCCGCCACCGCCGCCGCCGCCGAGCGCCGAGCACUUGAUGGCCGCCGCAGCGGCAGCGGCGCAGCAACAGGCGGCGCAACAGCAGCAGCAACAGCAGCAGCAGCAGCAGCAGAAUGCGCAACAAGCGGCGAAUCAGACGCAGCAGCAGCAGCAACAAAAUGGCCCCCGCACCAAUUCGCCGGAGUUCAUGAGCUCGGCGAAUUUCAGCGAACCGCAGAAUAUGCAAAAUGAAGGGCUCGUUUGGUAAUAUACGAAACAGUUGGCAACGCGGCUGCUGCUCUUCGGCAGAGAGCGAGUGCGAGAGCGGCAGCGAGAGCGAGAGAGAGCGGCGCAGGGCGAGUAGGCGAGAGUGGGAGGGAGAUGGAGCGGCGCUCGCUGUAGUAGUGCCGUCCCGCUCUCGCCACAGGCUAAGCCCCACCCCCUCUGCUGCGUUUUGUUUUUGUUAUACUUUUAUUAUUAUUAUUAUUACUGUGCUAUUUUUUGUACUUCAAUUCGGCGCCAAAAUAUUUGUAAAUUAUAAAACUAAACAAACGAAAAAAACACAAAAAUAGACAAAGAAAAUCUCUCUUAAAUGUAUAAAAACGAAACAAAUAAUGGGCGCUGCACAUAGUAAACAAUUUUUUUUAACAAAAAAAAAAACAAAAACAAGAAGAAAAACUCUAAAAAAUUACAUUAAAAGCAAACACUAAACGUCUUGUCUGUAAUUAAAACAAAAAUACUAUUUAUGUGUAUCAGUGUAUAAAACAAAAUGCAAAAAUCUGUAGUCUAAAAAAGAUCUGCAUCAAGGGAUUUUUUUGUAAAUUAGCACAUUUUAUUCGUAACUCUAAAAUUGUUUAUUUUUUGCCUGCAUUUUUUGACGAAACCUUUUUUUUAUAUUAUUACACGUAACAUAUGGAUAUAUAUUAUAAUCGUUGUCUAACAACAUACACGUAACUAGGCAUGUACUAGGUCCUAAGUCUACAUAAACCAGAUAUUAUAUAUACAGAGCUACAUACGGCGGCACACACGUACACGGCAAGAAAAAGCCGAAACAACCAACACAUAGCAAACUAAACUAAACUAUUUUUUUUUUUUUGUGGUCCUAGAACGUAAGCGAACGUAAUUUAUUAUAAACAAAUGAAUAAAAACGAGGAGACCGGAGGAGAAGAGGUCGAGGCAGCGGAAGUGCUAAAACUAAAUGUAAACCUAGAAAAGGAUGACACCUAAACAAAAUUACACAUAUAUAUAAAAGGUAUAUGAGCAUAAAUAUAUGAAUUUCCAAUUAUAAUGAUAUAGCAGCGAAAAAACGAGAGAAAUCCCCAGCUAACAGUUUUGAUUAUUAUUAUGACGAUGCGAAUUAUUAUUAUUAUUGUAAAAAGUAUUAGUGUUAGCAUAAUGCGUAAGUUUAUUAAAGAACCGAAACAACAACAACCACAACACACACAACUAAAUCCCUAUAUUCAUCAAGCGAUUAAAAAUAAAAUGUGCAAAAGAA